AUGUCAAAUCGACUUAUUUCUAACUAUAUGCACUCCGAAACACUGAACAGUUCUUUUCUUGGCAUCCAGAACAGAAUAUUCGCUGCUCUUUACCUGUGCAAAAGCAAGACAAUAGCAAUAACCCGAGCAAACAUCGCGACAUCUCCACCCCGACCUAAUUUCUCCCCGAAACUCCUAACCCUACAUAAGUCAACGUUACUUCUACAACAACAUUAUUUCCAAACCGAUCCUGAACACAAUGAUGCAAUAUUUAACGACGGCCACUUCUUAAGUCGCGGUCUGAAGCAAAAAAAUUCCACUGAAGUAUUUCAGGUGGUUGAGUCGCAAGGACGACGGGACAGUUAG